CCUAUGAGGAGUUGGGACAGCCGGCCGUCGCAGUCCACCUUUUUGAGUGUUUCCGACUUUCCGAGCAGUAUAAGAAUUGCAGGGGAAGGAAAGUUAAAAGGAUAAUCUUCUUCGUCUUCGUCUUCUUCAACAUUUUUACAACUUACUAAUCCAGAUUCCAGAAACCCCCGUAACUGAUUUCAAGCAAAUGGGUUAUCUUAAUUCGAGUUUUGGACAUCUGGGUCCGGAGUAGAAUCCCAGUACCCACCCCCUACCACACUCUCUGGCUCCAGUGAUCGCUGCAGAGCUUUCGAUUCAGUUGCAGGUGUAAAUGGUGUUGGCUGACUCGGUUUGACUUAGUUUUUCGACAUGGCGCGCCGUCAUGGCUGGCAACUCCCGGCUCACUCCUUCCAGGUUGUUGCUAUAACAGUUUACUUCUUGCUAUCGGUGGCGUUUUAUGCGUUUUUCGCUGCAUUCCUUGGAAAGGACAUCUACGAGUACAUAGCAAUUGGUGUCUAUUCUUUCUUGGCAUUUUCUGUACUAGUUCUCUAUGUAAGAUGUACAGCCAUUGAUCCUGCUGAUCCUGGGAUUCUCAUUGAACCUGAUGAGAUGGGCACGCCUGGUGAUUUGUCUGGUAACGAUGACCCAAGCAAGGAAGAAUUGAGAAAUGGAGGAAGGUAUACUAGAAAUGAUUCAGGGUUCUGUGCAACACUUGGACAGUUUCUUUGUUGCUGUAUUGUGAAGGAAGAUUGUCGCAAAGAUGAUGAUCAUUUGCAGCAACAAAAUGGAGAUGAAGAAGCUUUGUUCUGCACAUUGUGCAAUGCUGAGGUUCGCAAAUUCAGCAAACACUGCAGAAGUUGUGACAAAUGUGUUGAUGGAUUUGAUCAUCACUGCCGUUGGCUGAAUAAUUGUGUGGGAAGAAGAAAUUAUGUCACAUUUAUAUGCCUAAUGGCAACAAGCCUGUUUUGGCUUGUUUUUGAAUUUGGCGUGGGCAUUGCUGUUCUUGUUAGAUGUUUUACUGAUAGAAGGGCUACAGAGAAUCAUAUAAGGGACAGACUUGGAGAUGGAUUCUCCCUACCCCCUUUUGCUACGGUAGUGGCAUUGUGUACGGCGGUUUCAUUUCUUGCAAUUGUGCCAUUAGCUGAAUUAUUCUUUUUCCACAUUAUUCUAAUUCGUAAGGGCAUCACAACAUAUGAGUAUGUUGUUGCUAUUAGGAACCAAAGUGAACCUCCUGGGCCGUCAGUAGAUGGAGGUGAUCAGCAAAGUUUGCCUUCAUCACCAACAAGUUCUGCGGUGACUGGUAUAAGUGGAAGAAGUUCGGUUGGGCUGGGCUUACCCUAUAAAGGUGCUUGGUGUACUCCUCCACGAAUCUUCAUGGAUCAUCAGGAUGAGAUUAUCCCUCAUCUUGAGCCAGGGCGUGUACCAUCGACAGUUGAUCCAGACACGGUACAGGCAGAAAAGGAUAAAAAGACUUCACACCGUCCAGUGAAAAUCAGUGCGUGGAAGCUGGCGAAGUUAGACUCCAGUGAAGCGAUCAGAGCAGGUGCAAAGGCGAGAGCAUCGUCUUCCGUGUUGCGCCCAAUUGGUUCGCGGCCUCAUCCUUAUGAUGGCGAUACUUUAUCCAGUGGUAUGAGUGGGAAAAGCAGUCCGACUAGCAGUCGGGGAUAUUACGAACACAAUGCUAGAGCUGGGACGUCGAGAUUAUCCCCUUCCAAGAGCUCCUAUCCACCAAGCCGCGCAAGCAGGGACGACAUUGAAUCAUGCGGCCGCAGUGUGAGCAAUUUCAGCAGCCCGCUCCCGCCUCACCUCACACCAUCUCCACUCGGGCAGCAUUCCUCCACCCGAGCUCUUUCACCCGUGUCGUCCCAAGCGACUGAUGUGAGCGGAGCUCCUUUACCAUCGUGGAAGAACUCGGGCAUUUCAGAGACUUCGGGAUCGUCAUCAAUCUUUUGGGAUCACGACGCUGGCCAUUUCGUGAGUGCUGCCACCAGAGGUACUGCUUCUUCCUCCCAACAUCCCGGUACAGAGCUAACAUACACAGGUCAGUCUAUAUUUUUUGGCGGCCCCUUGCUGAAUGAGCGAGUGACACGAGGGACAACAGCUGGCAGUAUAAGCUCCGUUGGCUCACAGCGAAGCAGACCGCCGAGAGGAGGUCAACUCCCUGUCUUUGUUCCCAGUGAUUCCCAGCAAAACCAGUUUUCUUCCAAGCCCCAAUAAGGCUUAGAAACUUGUUCAGAUACAUUUUUUUUUUUUCUCUCUUCAAACAGGAAAAGUUUAGAUUUGCAGUGUUAGUUUUCUAAAGAUUUGCCUUCACUCUCCAUUAGUGUGUACAUUAGACUAGAAUUCCAGAGAUGAAUGUCAUAACUCAUUGGACAUCUUUUUCAGCUAAUUGAAAUUCUUCUUGCAA